AUGGAGGAAAAUCAAGCUUUUCCAAAGGUCGAUGUACACUAUAACGGUACUUUUGUGCCUGAUCCAUUAGUGUAUUUUUGUGAACUAUUACUGCGUCUGAAUGAAGAUGCAAACGAGUUUGUUUUCUCCAAUUUCAUCAAAUAUGUUGAGAAGCUUAUCGAUUUUCAGUGCAAGCAUGUGUAUUAUUGUAUACCUGAAGUGAGAUUGAGUGAGGGGAUCCAAACACUACAAAAUAAAUGUGACUACUCUCAGUUUCUUGAGGUUGCACAUGCUAAUAGACAUGUAGAUGUGUAUAUUGACCAUGAUAAUGAACCUCUAUUUGAGUGGAUUCAGAAAGAAGAAUCAGACGAUGAAGAACUUGUAUAUUCAGAAGAAGAUGUCAACUCUAUUUUGGCAGAUGAUGAGAACUUUGUUGAAGAUGAAGAUGAAAAAGGCAAUGAACUUCUAGCUAUCUACCCUAGGCAUGAUGCUACUCAGGAAUGGAGGAAGAUGAAGCCUGAACUAGGUAUGAGAUUCUCUUUUCCUGCUGAACUUAAGUCAUCUCUUAUUAACUGUGCAGUUGCACAUGGAUAUGACUUGUAUUAUAAGAAGAAUGUCUAG